UUUCGCCUUUUGUUUUGAAAUGAAUCCCGGAAAUGCGUUUUCCUGCCGUAAGGAAGCAUGAUGAUGGGCUAACGUCUGACAUGCUAGCAAGCUUGGUUCCUUUCCUGCCAGUUCAUUGUCGAUAAAAGGUGAUGUGUUUGUGUCAUCAUUUAAUUGGAACGUAAAGGUUCCGGAAAGCAGACUGACUUGAACCUCUGCAGGUGUUGUUCUGUCUACGGGGCAGUGAGAUGAAGCCCCGCACGCAAUGACUGCUACUUCCGCCGUCAGGCAAAGGAAAACGCUCCAUCUACGCCCGGUUUAUUGGCCCCGCCUCCAAUUAGAAUUUGACGAAUCGGAUGCCGAGUAACGGAUGAUGGACGUCCCCGCAGCCAAUCAGGCCCAAACACCCUCCGCAAUGUGGGCGGGUGCCAGUAGCUGCCACACCGCUUCCAAGCACCCGCGGCCUCUCUGCACUAGUCCUCUUACCGGCUUCCAGCAUCUCAACCUGGGCUCGGCCUCUGACCAGGCUCCGCCAUUUCCUCCGCCUGGGCAAACAUCCCCUUGGGCCCCAUACAGCUGUCACCCGGGAGCAUGCGGCUCCAUCCUCACACCCCCCUGCGUAAAUGGUCCUCAUUCACCACCUUAUACCACUGGAGCCAUACCCGAAUUUGUCCCCGAUGCACAUGAGAGGAACACAGUGGAGCAGUCCCCAAACUCAGAGUCCCGUUACGGACUGGACCCAGAGCUGCUUCCCAGUGCCGUGAAAGUGAUGGCAGACGACAGGGCGGAGUGGGAAGGGAAGGUUUUUGUCUCGGAGCCUUUUUGUCCUCUCCCUCCUCUCCCGACCACUUCCUGCAUGGUGGAGGACAGGGGUAGCGCCAGCCCCAACGCCAUCCGCUCCACCACGUACUGCCUUCCCCACGACGGUCCGACUGCCCUGCUCGCCCGCCUGCCGCUGGCUGCGCUGAUUGCACCUCUGGCCAGACAGAACCUAAAGAAGCCUCUGCCAGUAUGCACGGAGGAAGUGUGCGUGAAGGGUUGCCGUUGGUGUGGAGCAUCCAUGUGCGCCGCCAUGUGCUGGCAGGACUGUGGGCAGAGGUUCUACUGCCCCUUUUGUGGGAAACUCACUGAAGUACCUUGGCAACACUACCAGCCCACAGAAGGCGUGGACGGGGCUCGGCUUGAUCGACAGCAGAGGCCCGAACUCCACAUGGGAUCCUACGAGGUCCUUCGUGCCCCCCAGGGUGAAGCGGCCGCACUGCUCCUGGCCAUGGACGUGUCGGCUACAGCUCUGAGAGGCGGCCAUUUGGAGUUUGUGACGAAGCAAAUACAAGCUCUGCUCACCUCUCUGCUCAGAGAGGAGGGCGGGGCCUCCUGGUCGGACGUCCGCGUGGGUCUGCUGACGUACGACAGCAGGGUCCAGCUGUAUGACCUCAGCCCCGCCCUGUCCCGCCCGCACAUGUUGGUCCUCACUGAGACGGAAGAGGAGAUGCAGCUCCCUGCCAGGGAGGGGCUGCUGGUCCCCUUGAAGGACUGCGUUGACGCCAUCGUCAGCGUCUUGCAGCUCAUUCCGCAGUUUGGUCCAGAGGGGGACGACUCGGCAGGCGUCCCCGUGGACCUGCCAGUCAAAGCAGGACUUGCAGUGCUGCAGACCCUCAUGUGUCCUGGCAAGCUGCUCGUCUUCCACGCUGCCCCGCUAAUAGAGACGGGACGUGCUCAGACCUCCUCAGGCUUCUUUGGCGCCAGCAGGACUAAGUCCAUCUUCCAGCCGCCGGAGGACGCCGUCACGUUGGCCAAGGUGUGUGUCAGUCAGGGCUGCAGCGUUCACCUGUUUGUCCUCUCCCAGCAAGACGUGGGCGGGGCUUGGCCGGGGCACGUCCCCUAUCUGACCGGCGGCGCGCUGUACACCUUCAACCACCUGCAGGGGCAUUUGGCCCGGGAGCGCUUCAGCAGCACCCUGAGACGUGUCGCCCAGGCUGAUGUUGCCUACCAGGCUGAGCUGAGCUUGUUUGUCAGCAAAGGUUUGCGGGUCUCCGGUUGUUACGGGCUCUUUGUCCCCGGUCCCAGCCCGAGCCAGGUUGCCAUGGCAACCCUCGACUGGCAGACAACGCUGGCUGUGCAGCUGGCACACGGUGGCGCCCUGGAUGAGACGAGAGGUGUCUCCAUACAGGCCGUCCUGACGUACAGCACCCGGGAUGGGGAGCGGCGCUCCAGGGUGCACACGCUGAUGCUGCGAUGCUCGCGACACCUGCAGGACGCCUUCCGCCACUGCCAGGCCCAAACGCUGCUCACCUUCUAUUGCAAGAAGAUGUACUGUGCCGUGCUGGAGCGCCCUCUACAGGAGCUGCGCGAGGAGCUGCAGACAGACCUAACGGAAGCGCUGGCGUCCUACCGUAAACAUGCCUGCUCCGCCUCGGUGUCCGCUGGUCAGCUUGUCCUCCCCCAGGGCCUGCGAGCGCUUCCUGUUUACAUCAACAGUCUGAGGAAGAGCGAAGUGCUGCUGCCGGGCCUGCGCACCUCCUCCGUCCAUCAGCGGCUGCAGCAGCGCUGUGAGGUCCUGCGAUUGGACACCUCGGCCAGCGCCACGCACUUCUACCCGCUGCUUCUGCCUCUGCCGCCGUCACCCGCCAACCGCGAGCCUUUGAACCAGGAGGAGGCGCUGCGCUGCUCUGGCGUCAGCCUGCACCCUGGCGGCGUGUAUUUGGUGCAUGCGCCCCACACCCUCCUGCUCUGGGUCGGCGCCCGGGUCCCGGCGGGCACCCUGGCGGAGCUCUUCAACACCAGCUGCUUUUCGUCGCUGCACUCUGGAGAGACCAAGCUGCCCGUCCUGGACAACCCUUUUUCUCUCAAUGUUCGAGCCCUCAUCCACACGCUGGACUCUGACGCCCCGUGCGCCCGCGAGCUGCUGCUGGUGAAGCAGGGAGACGCCUGCGAGGAGCUCCUGCAGUGCCACCUAGUGGAGGACAAGAGCCCCAACGGGGGCGCAUCCUACGCCGACUUCCUCUACCAUCUGCACGUCAACUCUGUGCGCCUGCUGCAGUGACUCCUACAGUACACGUCUUGAUUUAUUUUAUUUCUACUUGAUGUCCUGAACGCAGCACGGUGGCGCCUGGUUUCGUCUCCCAGUUGGAAUCCACACUGGAGCAUCUCUGUGUGGAGUUUUUGCAUGGUCUCCCCAUGCUGACGUGGCUCCGAAAACAUGCAUGUUUGGCUAGUUGGAGACUGGAAAUUGCCCUACGGAGCCCCCGAAGAGACAUGGAGGGGAAAAAAAUUUAUGGGUAAAAAGGGGCAGAAUUUUUUCAAGACCUUGCAAAACUUUUGACACCACACAUUUGCAUUAUCUCACAGAGGUUUUGUGUUGUUUAGCAAAAGUUUGCAUUCUCGCAAAAGUAUUGCAUUAUCUCGCAAAGGUUUUAUGUUAACUCGCAAAAUAUUGUACUCUUUCGCAAAAGUUUUGCAUUAUCUCACAAAAGUACUUCAUUGUCUCGCAAAACUAUUGCGUUAUCUUGCAGAAGUAUUGUGUUAUCUCGCAAAAGUUUUGUGUUAUCUAACAAAAUAUUGUACUAUCUUGCAAAAGUGUUGCCUUAUCUCUCAAAAGUAUUGCAUUAUCUAUCUUGCAAGCAUUUGCGAGCUCUCACAAAUUUUUAGUAAUUUUUUUUUAACAUCAAUUUUUUCUUCUCCAUGUGCCCCCACGGGCUCAGUAAUACCCUGCCUCUCGCCCAAAAAAGCUGCGAUGGGGUCCAGCUCACCCCUGACCGUAAUAAGGGCAGCGCUAAAGAAAAAGGAUGGAUAAUAAUUGCUAUUUAUAAUUUUCACUCAUUCAUUCAUGGAUCUGUAUACAGUGUAGAUCUGUAAAUAAACCUCUGAAGCUUAAUUCAAAUCCUUGUUCUCGGAAGAGCAACAUAUUUAACAUUACUGGUGAUCAUUAAAUAUAUAUAUAAAUAAUUAAGAUGUAAUUAUGGCUUCCAGGUUGGCACAAUCAGCACAUAUCCAGUUUGUCGCUAUUUGGACAUUUGUUCGAUUUAACUGUUUAGUGUUUGCAGUGUGGUAGGUCGGCCAUGUUUGUGCAAUCUUUCGAACUGCCGCACACACAUUUUGACUUGUGUUUUUCAGUGCUAAAAAGCUAACCUAACUUGUAACACAUUUUAGGCAAGAAAAUAGCAUUUUCGCCGGCCAUCUUUGUGAAGUCUGUUAGGGACUUUUUGUUUUCAUUUCUAGCAUAUAGCAUCCCUGCAAAGGUUUUCACAUGCAGUGGAACCUUGGUUAGCGUACGCCCCUGUUAGCGGUUUCCAAUCCAAUCCACUUAAUUUAUAUAGCACAUUUUAUAAACACUGUUUCCAAAGUGCUGCACAGACUAGCAAAACCAUCAAUAAUAAGUAAAUAAAGGAAUGUAAAUGUAAAUAAGUAAAAAUUACGACAAUAAAAACUAAAAGAUCAAAUAAAAACAAAGAAGUACAACAGUAAAAUUGUCAUAGUUUGAGCUGCUGCUCUGUCGCCACCUUGUGGUUUGUCUUUGCAGCACACCUACCUGCCUAGGGGAGGAGUUUCCUGCCACACCUGUGUUCAGUCAUCGCUGGACUAUUUAACUCUCACAUUGUUUGCUUAGUAUUUGCCAGAUUGUCUUCUGACGUUCAGUUGCCAUGCUCUCGCUCUGUUACCUUGCAUACCUGGCCAAGUUUAGCUCUUGUGAGUAUUUCCAGUUCUAGACUUCCUUGCUUAGUCUCUUUUGUCUGCUUUACUGUUAACACUUCUAGUCUCGAGUCCUAUUUUGGUUAUACCUUGUUUUUUGCUCUGCUUACCUAGCCCAUGUUUUUGUACCUGGCUCUUGCUUCAGUUUUUGCUACUUCUGUUUUGUACAUUUUUGUUAUAGUAUUUUUUCCGUUGUGCAUUUUUCCUGCCUGGUCUGUGCAGCGCCAUUAGUUCCGCCUUUUGCUACCUUUAGUUUUCUGCCUACCUUAUUGUGCAGCUUCCUUAGUCCUUUUGUGUGUGUGUGUUUUCCCCGCGGCUGUGCCCGAGUCAUGCUUUUGGAACUGUGUAGCUCUACCACGACUAAGAGUAAUAAUAAAAUUUAUUAAAUUGCCAUUAGUGUGUUCUCUGCAUUUUGGAAUCCAAGCUGUAAGCCACCACGUGACAAAAAUAUUUAAAACAAGAAAUGGAAACAAAAGCC